GGCCCGCCAAGAUUAGUCCACUAAUAGAACUUCAGCUACAAGGAGCUCAUCAAUUCCAUCAGAUACAUGAUCAUUUUCUGGAAAAAAAUGUCAAACUGUUGGAAAAAAUGUUGUGGUAAGAUCUGUAAAUCUAAACCAAAAUCUGAAGUUACCCCUGAUCCAGAUGAAGCUCCAACUGAAGAAGAUGACCAACUUUUGCAACAACAAAUUAAGGCUGCUAUUACCAUCCAAAAAGCGUGGCGUGGUGCACUGGUUCGGCGUAGUCUGAAGUUAGCCACGAACUGUGCAUUAAUAAUCCAGAGAUGGUGGCGCAAGACACUGCAACACGCACUGGAUAAGAGAAAGAUAAAGGCCUUGGUGAUGUACAUUUGGCCUGAGAAGUCUACUGUUCUCUUACAGUCAUUGUUUAGGAUGUGGCUUAUGAAAACCAGAUACAAGAAGUAUCAAAAGGCGGCCUAUGUCAUCCAAAACCACUGGCGGAAUUACUGCUUCGUGAAAGCAUCCAGCACCUAUUCUCUCAACAACCUGGCACAUGAAGGCAUAGAUUUGAACAUUGAAAUUGUUGUUGGGUAAAAUGACCCCAUGGAGAAAGUAGAAAAGUCUGUUCUCAGGCAACAGCGGCUAGAAUAAAUUGAUACUUUAAAACAUA